UGCAAUUCACCCGACGUCAUCAGUGUUCCGGUCUUUUCUUGCGGCCAAUCAUGGCGGAGCAGACUGAGAGAUCCUUUCAGAAACAGCCCACUGUAUUUCUAAACAACAAAAAGAAUUUGCUCUCUGCCAAAGGGAAGAAGAAUAAUAGAUACUUCAGAAAUGUUGGUCUAGGCUUCAAAACUCCAAGAGAGGCCAUUCUUGGAACUUACAUUGACAAGAAGUGUCCCUUCACAGGAAAUGUGUCCAUCCGUGGUCGCAUUUUGACAGGAGUCGUACAAAAAAUGAAGAUGCAGAGGACGAUUGUCAUUCGCCGGGAUUAUCUGCACUACGUUAAAAAAUACAAAAGAUUUGAGAAACGACACAAGAACAUGUCUGUGCACCUUAGCCCAUGCUUCAGGUAAACUUAAACA